AGAAGCGUCACGAGCAACGAAAUACAACAAGAUACAAGCGACAAUACAAGCGUCAUGAUCUACGAAAUAUGGCAAGAUACGAGCGGAGAAAUAUGGCAAGAUACAAGCGUCAUGAGCGACGAAAUACAACAAACUUUCACGUGUGAAAUCUGCAUAGAACCAUCAAUGUUGAGCCAAAAAUUCAGCCACGGUGCCAAUUGUGUUCAUAAUAUUUGUUUCAUGUGCAUAGGUAGCCACAUCCAAUCAAAGAUUGAUGACAACAUAUGUACCAUCAAGUGCCCGAAAUUGGAUUGCGGAAAAAUCUUAACUCCUAUGGAAUGUCGGCAGAUGAUCCCAUCUUCGCUCUUUGUAAAGUGGUCCGAUUGUUUGUGCCUAUCAACUGUUUCAACUUACACAAGCUGUUAUUGCCCUUAUCGGGACUGCUCUGAGCUGAUUAUUAAUGAGUGCGACAUGCCAACCACAAAAUGUGCUUGCCCCGCUUGCAAGAGGCUCGUAUGCUACGCGUGUAGGGCUCCAUGGCACGCCGGGUUUAGGUGCAGUGAGGCAUCCCAAGUAAAGGAUGAAAACGACGUUCAAUUUGGUAUUUUGCUUGAGGAGAUGAAGUGGAAAAGAUGCCCUAAGUGUGGUCAUGCAAUAGAACGCAUUCAGGGUUGUCGAUCUGUUACAUGCAGAUGUCGGACAAACUUUUGCUAUGUAUGUGGUUCAAGAGAUUGUCAACAUAUCCAUCAGGAUAUCGUAUUUACAGUUAUAUUUAUAAUAUUGAUGACUGUUAUAUCAAUCUUUAAUAUUGUGUGGGUCGGAAUAGAUCGAAACUAA